CCUAUAGCUAAUGGGCGGUAAUAGUUCAGAGUCCGUGGACUUUGAAAGGUUUGCACUGAUUUCAUGUUGAUUCCAUCAUCAGUGUUGAGCUGAACAGCACGACACACACACUUGCACACACACUUUAAAACUCAGGGAAAUCAAGACUGAAGAUGUGCCUUUUCACUCUUUAGAUAUUUAUUUUUCAAAACUAUUUAUUAUUGUUUUUAUUCACUGCCUGCAUAUUUCUGCUGGAGUAGAUCAUCGACAGGACUCAAGGGAUAUUCUCAUAUUUGCGUCACUUUCGUGUUUUCAGAUGGAUUUUCCUCCAGAGAUCAGCGUUUUUCUUCUGUCUCUGACAGCGCCGGUGAUUUUAUACACAAUUAACCAUGUGCCCUUCUUACAAGAUCCACAGGUUAUGUUGACUAUAGGCAUCACAGUUCUUACAACAAUAUUCCUCCUGGCAAACCUCAGUGUCAAGAGUAAGAAAUCGACAGACCCUCUGUUCUACGUGUUUGCACUGUUUUCCUUCACGUCUGUUGUCAGCAUCACAAAUGCUCUGCAGCAGGACGGCUUCAUCAAAGGCUUCAUGGACUUUUAUAUUAGCAAGGCAGAGCCGUAUCUAAACACAGCUCACGGUGUGAUGAUGAGCUACUGGGACGGCGUGAUUCACUACUGUCUGCUGCUCUUCAUGAUCCACUGCAUGAGCGAAGGGAAGCCGUUUCGCAGUCUGGGUUUAUUAUGGGCUGGAUCUAUGAUCACCAGUCAGAUUGUAGUAAUCUCUGGCGUCAUAGUGGGUAAAUAUGGGAAAAACCUGGUUCCUGCUCUGUGUAGACAUGGCCCGGCUUUGCUUUUAUCCAUAUGGGCGGCGGUGAGGCUUUUCAAUAGGCCGAGGGAGCUGUCAAUCAUUCCUGCUGACCAGCUGCAGCAGGAGCAGAAGAAAACACUGCUGUCCCGACCUGUAGAUCUGCUGCUGACGCUUGGCCUGCUGGGAAACAUGGCCUUUAAUGCCUUCAGAGGGUUUGUUGUUCUGGAGUGUUCUCUGGAUCUGUGUUUCUCCUACAUCUAUCAGUACGAGCCCUACAUGAAGGACAGCGUCGGCUUUCCUAAAGUCACGAUGCUGGUGCUGCUCUUCUAUGUGUUUCCGCUGUUGUUUGCGUGUGUUUACGGGCUUCACACUCCUGGAUGUACGUGGAUGUUGGACUGGACACUCGUCCUCGCUGGAGCUGUGGCUCAGACUCAGUGGACUCACCUUGGCGCAUCGCUUCAUUCUCGCACACCGUUCACAUACCGGAUCCCGAAAGACGAGUGGCGCACGGUGGUCCUGCUGAACCUGCUGACGGUGGCGCUGCCCGUCCUGCUCGCCCUGCGCUGUUACGCCAAACAAAGCUUCUUCAUCAGAGUCCAUCCAGAAGAACAGACCCGCAACGGCAAGAAGAACAACUGACAGACCUGCAGCACUCACAUCCACAAACUGACAGAACACAACUACAGACUCGGGCUGUAAUCUUGAUCUCUAAACUGUCAAACCAAUUGCAUUUCACAGGAGGGCUAAUGAUUCUCUACUCAAAUAUAUUCAUUCAUUCAUUUUCCUUCAGUGUAGUCCCUUAUUUAUUAGGGGUCGCCACAGUGAAAUGAACUGCCAACUAUUCCAGCAUAUGUUUUACACAGCCCUCCAGCUGCCACCCAGUACUGGGAAACACCCAUACACACUUACAUUCACACACACUCAUACACUAUGGCCAGUUUAGUUCAUCCAAUCCCCUUGUAGUUCACCUGUUUGGACUGAGGGGGAAAUCGGAGCACCCGGAGGAAAUCCACAGCAAACAAUGCACAUGCAAAUUCACACAGAAAUGCCAACUGACCCAGCCGGACUCGAACCAGCGACCUUCUUGCUGUGAGGCGAUAAUGCUAACCACUGAGUCUCCGUGUCGCCUAUUUUAAGUUGUUUUUUAAGUCUUAAUAACAUUAUUUAAAGUCUUAUAAGUCUUCAUUUCAGUUGUAUUGUCAGUAUCAGUGUGAUUAAAGCGAUAUCAGACAAAUGCCUGAUUUUAUUUAUUUAAGGUGAACACAAAAAAUGACUAAAUUGCAUGGAUUUAAAAUAUUAUUAUUGGGCUUCAUUGAUGAAAUGAAUCGAUCUGAUCUGUUUUUCUUUUGCACAGUGUGUCUUGAUGUGUGUGAGUGUGUGGAAUGGUGAAAACUACUGAACUCUAGGAGGUUUAUCUCUGGUCAGUUGGUAAAAACUCAAUAAAUAUGGACUCUGGACUAGUU